GAACUAUUCUUAACCAGAUAGGUCUAUUCAUCGAAUAAAUUCGACGAUAGGUAGCUAAUUCCCGCCUAAUGAUCCUUUUUUUUAUCAUAUCGAUCCUCAUUCAGUGACUCUUAUGAGAUGUUUAGUGUAAGAUGACCAAUGUGACAAUACGAGAACAUAUUUUCAUGAAGAAGAAAUUCUCGAAUCCCUUAUCUUUGAAGGUCGUUUUCUGAAAAGGUAAACAGGCCAUACGGAGUUCUUCUACAGUUGUUUUAUUUGCCGUGUUGAAUCCUGUUAAAAUAUUUGCAUUAUUUUCUUUAUUCAUUGUUAUCAGCAUAACUUCCAUGUUGAUUGAAUAUAAUAUAUUAGUACAGAGUUUCUUCUCAAUGAAAAUUUUGUUGUCGUUGUGUUAGUACGUACUGUGGAAAUUCCGAUAUGAGGUACUCGAUAUUUUUGUGGAUUUUCAUCCUGACAAUUACUAUACAUUCCAUUGUUAACGUAGAUUGUAAGAAGGCAAAAAGACAAAUUGAAGAUGACAUCGAAAGUUCUGAACAGACAACCAGAGUGAAAUCCAGAAAAUCUGAGAGCAAUUCCGAGGAAAUUUCUUUUUCGAAGAAUAAAGCUAAAGACUUAUCGAAGUCGAAGAAAGGAAAGAAAAACGAUGAUUCAUCAAAUUAUGCAAGCGCAGAAAUAAUUGAAAAUAAAAAGUACAAUAAGAAGAAGCCGAAAGUAAAUUCUAAAGAAGAUCAAGAUAGUUCAGAAUUAGAUUCCAAGAAAUUUCAAAAGAAUAAAAAGAGCAAAUCUCGUUCUCAAGAUGGUGAAAUGAAGUGGUUAGAAAAUGAUAGUGAGAUAUCACAAGAAAAAGAUCGUAAAUUAACGAAAAAAUUGAAGAAACAACGAAAGUCAAAUGAUAUUUCGGAAGAAUAUGUGAAUGAGCCGAAAAAAAAUAAACGAAAAUUGCAGAAAAUAGAUGAAUCAGAGGAAGAGAUACAGCCAAAGAAUAUUUUGAAGAAGAAAAAGAAACAAAUGAUAGAAGAACCACUUGAAGAUGAUGAACCAGAAACCAACGAGGAUGAAGGAGAUGAUUCGGAGAAUACAGUGGAAGUUAAAAAAGAAUUCUGUAGAAAAAAAAGUUCAAAUGUUAACAAUUGCUCAGAUGACGAAGAAUCAGAAAGUAAUAUGAGCGAAGAUGAAGAAGAAGAGGAAGAAAUACCAACUUCAAGUAAAAUCAAAUACAGUAAGAAGUUUGCACACGAGAAGGCUUCUAAAAAAAACAAGAAUAAAGAAGCAGAGAACAUACUAAAACUUCAUAGAAAAGCAGAAGUCAACUCGAAGAGCGCCAAAAACAUGAAGAAAAUGAAAAGGUUCCAAGAUGAGGACGAUGAAUCAAGUGAAGAGGUGAAGCCUAGAAGGCGUUUUUCGUUAUUGGAAGAUGAUGAGGAGAUGUAGAUGUUAUAAUUAUUAUAUUGUUAUUUUUUGAAUUUUUCAUUAAACGAUUUUUGAAAUGAAA